AUGCCUGGACAGCACAAGGACAAACACGAGCAGGAGAAGCGGUUGCCGCAUUACGCCGUCCUCGAUGAUCAGUCCGCGCGGCAAUACGAACAGCUCACGUCCGAGGGCGUCUACAAUCUUAUCCCCUCUGAAGAAUUCUGGAAGGACCGUUAUACAUACCUCGAGAGCCGUGGCUAUACCCUUAGAUCCCGAUACUCUCCCAAAUGGUCUCCUUCAUGGAGAGGGACCAAUCUCAAUCCGACAUUCUGCGAGGACUCCAUCGUACUCAUUGUACGUCAUUUGAAAGUUAUUGAUGCGCGGCGAAGAAAUGACCAGAAGCUCGUAGCUAUCAAGAAGUUCCGAAAGGACGGACAAGAGGCUUCCAUCGCAAAACAUCUCUCCUCUCUCGACGACCCACAGAAUCACUGCGUAUCCGUACUCGAAAUUCUGCACGACCCAGUCGACCCGCAACUCGCGUUGAUGGUUAUGCCCUACCUCAGACCCUGUAAUGAUCCCGAUUUUGCGACCGUUGGCGACAUCAUAGCGUUCGUUGAACAGACGCUGGAGGGCCUUGCAUUUCUUCACCGCCAACGUAUUGCGCAUCGCGACGUGGCUAUCGAGAAUAUCAUGAUGGACGCAGCAUGUUUAUAUCCCGACGGUCACCAUCCCGUACGACGCAACUACAGCCCAGAUGCACUGCACGAAGUGGUUCCGUUACCACGGGCGGGCCGCUCGGUGAAAUACAUGUACAUUGACUUCGGGCUCUCGACUUGGUUCUCACGAGGCGCUUCUCCGCUCGUCGUCGGGCGCGUUGGGCGAGACAAAGAGGCUCCAGAGCUCUCUUCUACAGUCCCCUACGACCCAUUCAAAGUCGACAUCUACUCCCUCGGGAACCUCUUCUAUAAAGACUUCGAACAGAAGUACAACAACAUGCAUUUUCUCGUGUCCCUGGUAGAGGAGAUGAGGCGACAGCGCCCUGAGGCACGACCCAGCGCUGACGAGCUUCUCCGGAAAUGGGAGAGCACCCGCGCUGACAUCGCACCGUCGCUGUAUCGCUGGCGCUUAGCGCCGAAGACCGAGCCCGCAAUCGAGCGCGUGCUCAACGACACCGUAGCUGUGGCCCGGGAAGGAAUAUACCAUCUGAAGAAGUUCGUCGGAUGAUCAGCUUGCUGUCUCCCUGGCAACGCCCUGGGCGGGUGUUUCGACGCUGCCGUGCCUUCGGUGCUAUUUUAACCUUUGUUCGGACCCGUGAAAUACCCCCGCAUCAUACUAAUGUACAUCAUUGAGAAGGCAUUCUGUUUCGGGGAGAUCUUAGAUAAUGUCCAUGUACUUAUCGCGUAUUCUGACCUUAGCAUGAC